UCUGCUCCUGGUGGUGCGUGGCUUGCCUGCAGACGCUUCUGGGGCCAGAAACAAAAAAGAUUCGGUUCGACGCUGCCAGUUGGUGGCAGCAGCAGCAGGCAGGACACAAUGUCUUCAGUUCGUGUGUGCCGUUAGUUCGAUGCAGAGCGGAAGAGCGACCAAUAUCGAGGCGGCGUGCACCGAGCACCGAGCAACAUAACGGGACUCUGAUUGAUUGAAUAGUUGCCUGAUUGAUCAUCCCGAUAGUUGAACUUUAAUCUAUGAUAAUAUCUGCGUGCUGCAUGCUGCAUGCCGCUUGCUGCACGUCUGUCCAGUCAAUUAGUCAGCGAGCGUGAGGAGCUCUCGUGAGCAGGCAUUUAUCAAAGUCACUUGGAGAACAGAUAGAGCUCGUAAAUCGAAAGAGUGAGGGAGAGAGGUACAGUCAAUUGUCUGUGCUGAUUGUGCUUAAUGAAGUGUCGGAAAUGUCAUGAGCCCAGACAAUACACAAGUGUUUUUUUCGCCAAGACCCUGCGAUGCGAUGCAGAUGCAAUUAACGCCGCAUUCCGAGACGACACCCUGAGCCAGCGAACACUCGGCCAGUGCAGUGCGGAUGCCAGUGAAAUGUAACAGUGCCAGCUCCAGUGCCAGUGAUAGUGACCGUGAAGAUCUAGAAGAUCCAGCGAAAUGAUGUAGAGCCACAGGAUAAGCUCGGACCGAAUCCUGCACAUAUCCCACCCGCGACUCGCACUCCCUCGUGAAGGAAAUGACCCACAAGCUCCAAGCGAGCUACACAGCACUGGCCAUGUCGGACGAUAACCAAACCUGCAGCUACUCGAUGCCCUCGAUCGCAUCCCCCAGCCACCAGCAUCGCCUGCACCGGAAUGUGAACUUCAACGAGGAGCUGCCCGCGACGGCCGUGCGGCGCUUCUCCAAGUCGAUCUUCCAGCGGCCCCGCUCCAUGUCCGUGUGGAGUGACAUAAGUCGCAGCAGUAUGCGUCUGGAUGAAAGAGUUCGUGUGGAGUACUACGUGAAUGAAAACACAUUUAAAGAAAGACUGCAACUCUAUUUCAUUAAGAAUCAGCGUUCAAGCUUACGCAUACGAAUUGCCGAUUUAUUCCUUAAGUUACUGUCGUGUGUUCUGUACAUAAUACGUGUGAUAUUGGAUAAGAAUCCAACAUUUAUAACUUGCUAUGGCUGCGAGGUGGGCAAUAAGACAGAGUUCAUCAUUUCGGCCAAGCUCACGGAGGAGGAGUUCCAAGAGAGUCCGAUCAUCAACUGGGAUGCCAUACUCUGGGUGAACCGGCCCACGGUGCUCUGGGUCCUGCAGCUGCUCCUAGCCAUGGUGUCGCUAACGCAAUCCCUGGUUCUCACAUAUCUAGGCUAUAAGGGCAACAUUUGGCAGCAGAUACUCUCAUUUCACUUUAUACUAGAAUUAGUAACGACAAUACCCUUUGCACUAACGAUCGUUCAUCCUCCACUACGGAAUCUCUUCAUUCCCAUCUUCCUCAACUGCUGGCUGGCCAAGCGCUCGUUGGAGAACAUGUUUAAUGAUCUUCAUCGGGCCAUGCAGAAGUCUCAGUCGGCUCUGUCCCAGCAGCUGACCAUCCUGUCGGCCACGCUUCUGUGUUUGGUGUUUACCAGCGUUUGCGGCAUCCAGCACUUCCAGCGGGCUGGCCAUCGGCACUUGAACCUGUUCCAGAGCACGUACUAUGUGGUUGUGACCUUCUCCACAGUGGGCUACGGCGACUUUGUUCCGGACAUUUGGCCCUCCCAGCUGUACAUGGUCAUCAUGAUUUGUGUCGCCCUCAUUGUGCUGCCCACGCAGUUCGAGCAGUUGGCCUUCACCUGGAUGGAGCGCCAGAAGCUGGGCGGCAGCUACAGCUCGCACCGGGCCCAGAGCGAGAAGCAUGUGGUCGUGUGCUCGACCACCCUACACGCGGACACCAUCAUGGACUUCCUCAACGAGUUCUACGCCCACCCCCUGCUGCAGGACUUCUACGUGGUGCUGCUCAGUCCCAUGGAGCUGGACACGACGAUGCGGAUGAUAUUACAGGUGCCGAUUUGGGCGCAGCGUGUGAUCUAUAUUCAGGGCUCUUGUCUGAAGGACGGCGACCUGGCCCGGGCUCGCAUGAACGAGGCGGAGGCGUGCUUCAUCCUUGCGGCCAGGAACUAUGCGGACAAAACGGCCGCGGACGAGCACACCAUCCUACGCUCCUGGGCGGUGAAGGACUUUGCGCCGAAUGUGCCGCAGUAUGUGCAGAUUUUUAGGCCGGAGCACAAGCUGCAUGUGAAGUUCGCCGAGCAUGUGGUCUGCGAGGACGAGUUCAAGUAUGCGCUGCUGGCCAAUAACUGCACCUGUCCGGGCGCCAGCACCCUGGUCACCCUCCUGCUGCACACCUCGCGCGGACAGGAGGGGCAGCAGUCUCCGGAGGAGUGGCACCGGCUGUACGGCAAGUGUUCAGGAAACGAGAUCUAUCACAUUGUCCUCGGCGACAGUCGAUUCUUCGGGGAGUAUGAGGGCAAGAGCUUCACCUACGCCAGCUUCCACUCGCAUCGCAAAUAUGGCGUGGCCUUGGUGGGGGUGCGGCCGGCCGAGCUGCCUGAGUUCUACGAGGACACAAUACUCCUGAAUCCUGGGCCCAGGCACAUUAUGAAAAAGGAUGACACGUGCUAUUAUAUGAGCAUCACCAAGGAGGAGAACUCGGCGUUCGUCGUUAAUCAAAAUCAAACAUCGGACCCCUCCACAGCCGCCAAGGAUGGGACUGGAGGGGCACCAUCCUCCGCCUCUUCUCAUCAUCCAACAGCUGCAACUGCCAAUAAAACAAUAACCAGAACUACAUCAUCGACUACAACAACAGCAACAACAGUACAAGCAACAACAACAGCAACAAUAAGCACUACUUUCACAUCAUCAACAUUAUUAUCAGCAUCUACUACAACAGCAACAAUAAACGCUGGAUCUGCCCCGUAUGCAGCAGCAGGGGCAGGGGCAGGGGCAGGCGCCUCCAUUGCACCAGUGCCGUCUGUUUGUGUUCGUGUGCCCCAUAGUCCCAGCUACGAGAGUGGCAGCGGCGCCACCGGCACGACCCACUUGCAACCGUAUCCGCAUCCGUAUCCGCAAACGUAUCCGCAUCCGCAAACGCAUCCGCAAAUGCAAACUCCAGACAGUGGAGAGUUUGCAUCACUAUUUGUGCCCUGCGAUAAUCCGACGGCUGUGAUAAUAUCGGACUCCAGGCAGAACCUCAAGGACACGACGGUGACCCAGACGGCGGCCACCACAACCACAAUAACCACAACGACGCUGCCACCACCGCCCAUGACGAUGGGCGGAUCUUCGGGAAUGCCCGGGGUCUCUGGCGGUGUUGGCCACGGAGUGGGCAGCGGCCACAGUCUGGGCACGUCGCUGAGCAUCACACCAGCCACGUUGUCCACGGGGAACCAUCUGGAUGUGCCCUUCGGCAACAAUCCCAACCUGCUCAGUCCGGACGUGCUUAACCAGCGGAGGGGAAGUAGACGUCCCUCGAUCCUGCCCGUGCCCGAUAUGUUCACCUCCUCAUCGUUCACCAUUGCCGGCAACGACGAUGGCGAGGAGGGAGACGAGAGCGACGACGAGAUCGACGAUGAGAUGCCCUGGCGCUCCCCCUCUGAGAAGAUAGCCUGCUUGGGCGGGCACUUUCCCCAAUCGCGCACCUAUUCGCUCAUCAUGAGCUCCUCGGAGGAUUCGUAUCAGCGCAGUUGCAGCUUUUGCAAUGCCACCGCCACCGCCACCGCUACUGCAGCUUCUGCCGUCACUGCUUCUACUGCUGCUGCUGCUGCUGCUCCUGUCAUGCACCAGCCGCCGCCCCUGGGCAGUCUAGGACUCCCUCUCGAAGAGUACUCCACUACGGAGCUACGCAGGCGCGCCAUGAAGAAGAGUUACAGCUGCGACAGCGAGUGUCGCAAUGACCUGGGCCCCAGACAGAGUCUGGGCCUGGGUGGAGGGACUCUGGCCAUGCUGGCGGCUCGAAGGAGGCAGCUGCAACGGUGCUGCUCCUGCAGCUGCUCCACCACAUCCUCCACCACCAGGACUACGACAACAGCAGCAUCAUCAGCAGCAGCAGCAGCCGCAGCAGUGGCGGCAGCAGCAUUUACAUCGAGCAGUUCCGUUGAGACGCGUCGCCUGGCGCGUCCGGUGUGGGCCUCCGACUACUCAGGCAUUGUCAAGGGGUUCCCGCCCGUGUCGCCCUUCAUCGGUGUCAGCCCCACGCUCUGUUUCCUGCUCAAAGAGAAGAAGCCUCUCUGUUGCCUGCAGCUGGCUCAGGUAUGCGAGCACUGCAGCUAUAGGAAUGCCAAGGAGUACCAGUGGCAGAACAAGACGAUCAUUCUGGCCGCCGACUAUGCCUCUAGCGGUAUAUACAACUUCAUCAUUCCGCUGAGAGCUCACUUUCGCUCGAAGACCUCACUCAAUCCCAUUAUCCUGCUGCUGGAGCGACGUCCGGACGUGGCCUUCCUGGACGCCCUCUCCUACUUUCCCCUGGUGUACUGGAUGCUGGGAUCGAUCGACUGCCUUGACGAUCUCCUGCGUGCGGGCAUCACGCUGGCCGAGAGCGUGGUCGUGGUCAACAAGGAGCUGUCGAACUCGGCCGAGGAGGAUUCCCUCUCCGACUGCAACACCAUAGUAGCUGUGCAGAACAUGUUCAAAUUCUUUCCCAGCAUCAAGAGCAUCACUGAGCUGUCGCAGAGCUCAAACAUGCGGUUUAUGCAGUUCCGGGCCCACGACAAGUACGCCCUGCACCUGAGCAAAAUGGAAAAGCGCGAAAAGGAGCGUGGAUCGCACAUCUCGUACAUGUUCCGCCUGCCGUUUGCGGCGGGGGCCGUGUUUAGCGCCUCCAUGCUGGACACGCUGUUGUACCAGGCCUUCGUGAAGGAUUAUGUGAUUACGUUUGUGCGCCUCCUGCUGGGGAUUGACCAGGCCCCGGGCAGCGGUUUCCUGACCUCGAUGCGCAUCACCAAGGAGGACAUGUGGAUACGCACCUACGGCCGGCUCUACCAGAAGCUGUGCUCGACCACCUGCGAGAUACCGAUUGGCAUCUACCGCACCCAGGACACCUCGAAUGCGGACACGUCACAUGUGAGUAACUCGCCGGUCGAUAGAUGGGGACCCUUCUCGGCCUUCGGCAGGCAUUGUGUGCGCUUGCGUCCAUCGUACGACGAGGAGACUGGCACGCCCGACUCCACCAAGGACUCCACGGAAAUGCUGCGCGGGGUCACCUACCGCCCGCCGUCCUCGGCAACAGGUGGGGCCAGCAGCCCCAGCUUUCGGGCCCCGUCGCAGCCGCAGCAGCGCCAGAGGUCGGUCAACUGUCUGGGCGGUUGCUCGGAGCGUAAGGGAUCAUCUUACUCCAUCAAUCUGGCCGACGAGGCCAAGGACAAUCAUGCACAGCAGAUCGAGCGCGCGGAGAUCGCCAACCUGGUUAGGAGUCGCAUGGAGUCCUUGAACCUGCCCACCAACGACUACGAUGACGUGAGCGAGAAGCGGAACCACUUGUCCUAUGUGAUAAUCAACCCGAGCUGUGAUCUCAAGCUGGAGGAGGGCGAUCUCAUCUACUUGGUGCGGCCGUCGCCGUUCUCGGCCCAAAAGACCUUCGAGCGCCACAAUUCGCGUCGCAAGUCGAACAUCUCGUUCUGCUCGAACAUCAACCUGGGCGCCACUUGUGGGCCCCAGAUGCAAAACAUGUCCAACACCGCCGUCGGGGCUGGGUCGCGUCGCGGCUCCGGCAUCGCCGGUUUGAACCCAAUGCAAAUGCAGAGCGUUCAGACUUUGGCCGGGUAUGGAUCAUCCUCGCAGCGCUGUACCCCACCGAUGCAGCAAAUUAAAUCGAAUUCUCUUUCUCUACCCGACAGUCCGACGGUGGUUGGCAAUCAGCGUGGACGGAGUAACUCAUUGCGGAUCGACAACGACAUACUGCUGCGUCGAUCCUCCUCUUUGAGGCAAGGCCUUCCCAGCGUGGGCGUCAGUCAUGGCCGGCGAAAGUCCUCGCUGGAGGAGAUCGGCAUCAGCCAUUUCACGACCCUGAUGCAGGCCACGAAUCACAGCAACCCCAUCAAGAUCUCGCUCAAUGGCAGCAUAGGCAUGGAGAAUCAGAUUUCUCUCCAGGUCACCCCGCCAGAGGAGCCCACACCCAUGCUGGGCGUGCCCUGCAUGAUGGGCGGCGGUGGCGGCGGUGGCAUAAACCCAUCCGGGACUGGAUCCUCAACUAGUGGCAUGCUGGGGGCUGGCUCUUCGCUGGCGAUCAACACGGCUGACCUGGGGCCAGGACCCAGCACCUCAUCGGGGGCCGGUAGCUCCCUGCAGCCCCAGGACUCGCUUGGCCCCCAGUCGUCGCAGGUGUCGUCGCCGCAGCAUCUGCAGGGAACGAUUGUAUGAUACAACCUGAUGUGGGGGCGCCGUCUCCGCUCCUCCAUGUCAAAGAACAAAUGGAUAUAGAACACGGCCGGCACACACAGACACACGCGUAGAGAUAAGUUCUGAGAGUAAAAGUAUUAGGAGAGACCAACCAACCCACCCCCAACGUCUGUGGUGUGCGUCCCAGUCCCUCUCCCUUUUAAGACGAGCCCUGCAUAGGGAAGGGUUUAGCUACGGAUAUAGUGCGAUAGAUUUCCAUAGAGUAGAAACGUCUAUAAGGAACAUGCAUAUAGUAUAGGAAUAAUUACGAGUAUAUGCUUUACAAACAACAAGCAACAAAAGUUGAGGCAAAUUGUGUUUUGGGAACAAGAUAUGUAGUUAAACUAUUGGAUAGAUUGGAUGAUGAUUUAGCUAACUGUACAUAUAUAUCUGAGCCUAGUUCUAAGUACCCGAUUCGUUUCUAGCAUAUCCGAGGAGCAUAGCAAACUAUCAAAUUCUCAAGCCCCUGUAUCUGUGUGUACCCUAGGUAUAUUCCACAUACAUAUAUGCAAGUCCUAUUCGGAUUUUGGUCGGCUUAACUUCCUCCCACAUACAUAUAAUAUACCACAUAUAGAUACUUGUCUAAAGGUGCUAUCAAUGUCAUGUACUAUACACAUACACACGAAACACAUCCCAAGUUUUGUAAAACUCUUUGAAUUGUUUUACACAAUUGUAAAAACAAAGGCAAAUGAAAGAAAAACAAACUAAACAGGAAACGGUUUUCAUAACAUAGUUUGGAACGGGCUUUGGUAUACUCUAAUGCUUUACGAAACCAACCAAAAAACUUAUAUAUACAUAUAGAAGCAAGGAAUUUGUAUAUAUACACUGUAUAUUAGAACCAACCAACAUUCAAGGAAGCAUUAAAAGAGCAAAACUAAAACAACUAUUAGAACUUAAGAAUACCAUACGGAAUACGGAAUACGGAAAACGCAAAACAACAGAAGCUAGGAUCUAGAGCUUAGAGUUAUUCUAUAGUUAAGAGUAGUAUCCACCUAAAUACCUUACAUACAUACCAUACCAUACCUAUAACGCCGACACAUCGAGAGUGUCGGCCACUGUACCAAAUACAAUGAGCUAUACACACACACCCCAGUAGCAUAGUGUUAGGAAACGCAACCCCAACUCAAUUGAAUUUCGAAGAAACGUCCCAAUUAUAGAGCCUCUAUAGGUAGUAGCUAGAUAAAACACACAUCCCCUCACACACUUGAAAAUGUUAGUUAAAGCACAAAAAGCAGUUUUUUAAGGAAAUUUUACUCAACAUUGCCGAUGACGGUGAGGGUGAGGAAGAUGAAAUGCAUUCCAGUGUCUCAAAAGAAAGCCUAGUUAAGCAUAUGCCUGUCACACCAGAUACUUAUUUACAUAGAUCUGUACAAACCAGCAUUCAUAUACCCACUGUAUGUACUUAGGUGAGAAUGUAUCUGUGUAAGGACUAGCACUUAGAUCGAACCGAUGUCUCAAUGUACAAAAGAUAGAUAACUAAUCCGCAUCUGGCAUCUGGCACCUGGCAUUGGCAUCAUUAGAGUUUUAGUGUGGACUAGAAUAUAAACUUGCUGUAAUAUUUAUCGAUGCUCUUUAAGGCAUGCCGAACAGAACUCACAAUAAACUCAAAAUAUAUAGUUGGAAA